UCUAAUUAACGUCCUGGGUUGUUUUAAUUGUCCAGUUUUCAGCGCGUUUGAGCCACUGAGCUUAUGUGGUUUGAGCCCCAGCGCCUCCCAGCCUGAGCUUUAACCCCCCAGACAUGUCCAGCAUCAGAGAGAGAGCUGCUGCCCUCAACCUGGCAGAGAAACUCUGCCUGCGUCCUCCAGCUCCUGGAGCGGCCGUCAAACCGCCUCAGGCUCCGUCCAUGUGGAGCAGCCUCAUCUCCCACCUGAGGGCCAAGGUGCCGGUGAAGCGGCGGCUGGUCCACCUAAAGUCCCACAACGACUGCUUCCUGGGCUCAGAGGCCGUGGACGUUCUGGUCGAACACAUUCAUGGUGCAAAGGGCUUUGAGGGUGCCGCUGUCUCCCGAGACAAGGUGGUGUGUGUCUGCCAGGCUCUUCUGGACGCCAACGUGUUUGAGGCCGUGGGAUCAAAAGUGUUCGGCAAACACAAGAAGCAGGAUGUGUUUGAGGACAGCAGGAGCGCUCUGUACAGGUUUGUAGGCGCAUGUUCACCUUCAGUUGAAGAGUUGGAAAGAGGCGCGCUUGUGAAUGGGAUCCAGAGGUUGUUUUGCAGCUCUCCUCCAAACAGGUUUGAAGAUGAGUCCCAGGUGGACACGUCUAUCCCUGCUACCAGGUUGGAGACACCCAUGAAGGCCUGCCAGCAGCAGUCUCGUUUCACCGCUAAGGGGACGUCAGCGUGUCCGGGGGACAGUCCCAGCAGAGAACAGACACACUCGGCUCUACCACAGUCCUUGGUUAAUGAGGUGUGGCAGGAGCAGACCCUGCUCAGGCUGCUGAACAUCGUGGAGCUCCCCCUGCUGGAAGGAGUGCUUCAGUGCAGCCAGAACUCCACCUCCCCACCUGGAUCCAGCCGGGUGGCUCCAGGUAACCCUGACCUGAUCUACAGCAGCAACCACCUGGACAGACAGAUCCUCAAGGCCUUCAGGGACUCCCAGGAAGAUGAGUGGCUCUCCAGAGCUUUGGACUGUUUGGACUUCCUCCCUGACCAGCUGGUGGUGGAGCUGAGCAGAGAGCUGCCUCACUGUUUCUCUCCAGAGAAGGGAAGCAAUGAGCGAGAACCACCAGAUGGUACCGGCAGGGAUGAUGGGACGGGAGUCUCUCCCAGCGCUCUGGCCCAGUGGAAGCUGCUGCUGUACGGGACUCUGGUCAAACACUACAGCAACACCUCCAGGCCUCCUCUGCUGCCGCAGAACAUGACGGACGUCUACACGGCCAUCACCGACCUGCUGGUGAACGCCAAGUUGGAUAAGGCUCUGGAGGCCCUGCAGCUGUGUCUGAAGCUGCUGCCUCCGAACAGAAGAGAAGAGCUGCGCAGGUUGUUGACCUUCAUGUCUUCAGCCGCCGAACCUCAGGCGGUGAAGGUGGACAAAGAGGUAGACAACAGACUCGCCGUGAAGAAGUCAUUCUCCAAGGCGAUACUACACAGCAAGACCUUCCCAAAGGACAAGGAGGAUCUAAUGCUGGUCUUUAUGCUGAGCAACGUAAAGGAGAUCUUUAAGACCCCGGGGUCUCUCCACAAAAUCAUCAGUGAGAAGCUGGCCAGACUUGAUCAGGGCACACAGCCGGAUGUUACGGGCUCUUCUGUCGGUCUGCAGGCCUCCAGCAAGGCGUACGCCGACUCUGCAAAGAAGAGCACAAACCAGGAAUUAUGGGUGCUGCUGAACGACAUCCACCUGGACACCAAGAUGUCGGCAAAGGAGCGAAAACGUCUCCUCAGACGGUUUUACUCGGCCCACCCAGAGAUCUUUAACCAGUACUACGGUGACUCUGCUGCCAGCGAGCUGUAGAGGGUCGCCCGUACCGACCUUUGGGUUCUCCACGGACCAAAAGGUCCGCGGCUGCAAAGGGUUUGGCUUUACUAACCGGUGACGUGCUGCACACAUUUGGGCUUAGAUGUUCAAAGUCCGAUCUCUAAGAUUUAGAAACCGGAGAGUUUGGUUCUGAAUAAAACACAAAAAAAACUUUGAUUUACUGCUAAGGUGCUGCUUUGCCUCACUUCCUUGGACCUUUUCGUUCUCUUUUAGUUGUGGGACUUUCUGGGUCCAUCUGUUGUAUCUCUGAUGGUAAAUAAUGAAAAAUGUGCUUCCUGUUUGUCCUGUGGAUGUUUAUUUUCUAUGAUGACUAAAUAAACCGUGCUUAUGUGCCACAA